UAGAGUCUUGACUGGAGGGAAGGAUGAGAGAACGAUAGAAAGAGGAAAGGAGCGAAAAAUGGCGAACAAGCUCAUCAACCAGAUGGGAUUGCCCAAAUCCAUAGCCAAUAUCUUCACUGCUCGCAACAUCAUCACCGCCAAGGAUGCAUUGUCUCACACUGAAUUUGAGUUGAUGGAGUUGUUGGACGUUGGGAAGGAAGAAGUAACAUCCGCAAUGGCGCAUGUUAGCGAAGUCGUGUGUCCACCGUGUCAAACUGCGUUACUACUGCUGGAGCAGCGAGUACGCAACGAGACUUUGGCCGGUCAUCUUCCCACUCGUUUGAAAGGUUUGGAUGAAGCCUUGUGCGGCGGUAUACCUUUUGGUGUUUUGACAGAGUUGGUUGGUCCAGCAGGAAUUGGCAAAACACAGUUUUGCUUGAAGCUGUCACUGUUGGCUUCACUGCCGGCUAGUUGUGGAGGCUUAGAUGGCCGUGUGAUAUAUAUUGAUAUUGAAUCCAAAUUUAGGUCAAAAAGAUUGAUAGAGAUUGGAAUAAACAGUUUUCCUGAAAUAUUUCUUAAGAAGGGAAUGGCACAGGAGAUGGCUGGUAGAAUCAUGAUUUUGCGUCCUACAUCACUUUCUGAAUUUGCUGAGAGUUUGUACCAGAUCAAAGUAUCACUCCUGCAGAAACAAGUGAAGUUGCUCAUCAUUGAUAGUAUGGCUGCUCUAGUAUUAGGUGAGCAUGAGUGUGGGACCACUAGACAACAAGCAUUGGGUUGGCAUGUUUCUUUUAUCAAGUCACUUGCAGAAUUUUCUCGAAUUCCAGUUGUAUUGACAAAUCAAGUAAGAUCUCAAUCUGGUGAUGAAUCUCGCAUAUAUUCCUUUCAAGCACAAAGCCGCUCGAUAAUAAAAGAUAACCCUGCUACAUAUGAUUCUCAUCUGGUUGCUGCAUUGGGAAUUAACUGGGCUCAUGCUGUGACCAUCCGUCUUGUACUCGAAGCCAGAUCAGGUCAAAGGUUUAUUAAGUUGGCAAAAUCUCCCAUAUCACCUCCUCUGGCUUUCCCUUUUAAGAUAACUUCAUCAGGUGUGGUUCUGCUGGAUGAUGAUGGCAUAGAAAUGAAAGGGCCAGAAAUAAACACUAUUCAGUGCCAAGUUGAAGUCUUUACUUGCCUAUUUCCAAGUGUAAUGAAAAACAUGAGAGCCGAAAUGCUUUGUUUAAUUUCGAAAGGUAGUAACUACACAAGUCCUCCUUUAUUCCUUUGCUAAACUCGGGAUAAGAUGGGUGGAGCCUAGUUGGAGUAUGUAAGCAUACGGUCUUACUGAAAUAGAAACGUUGUUUGAAUGUAUGCCAACAAUGGAGAGGGUUUUUCCUUCUUGCGCUUCGAUAAAAUUACCAUCAAUUUUAGAAGGCAGCUUCUUCCUGCACCUCCAUAACUUCAUCUUGCACUCAUACAUUUUAAAAUUCUAAGUUUACCCUUUUAGUUUGAUAUCAUUGGGACAUAUAAAAACUCACAAAAAACUCACUUUGUCUCUUAAACUCAGACCUUUUAAGAACUCACUUUCUAUCUUAAACCCAGACCUUUUAUUAUUUUUUGUUGCUCACACAUACAAUAUGCAUCACCUUCUUGACUUAUUUAAGAAAGAAAAAAGUGCACAAAACAAAACACAAGCUUUUGGUAAUGCAUUCUCCGAUUGUACAAACUUUAGUUGGUGUUGAAAAUUGCACUUGCAACCAAUUUUCUUCUUCUUAAAGCAAUUGUUUGUACCACCUGUCAUGUUGCACUUGAUUUAACUUUAAUAGUACCUCUCUUAAAUCAAAUUUCCACCCUUUCAAACAUUUUCUUUAACUUGUAAAAUAACUCAACUUUUCGUUUGUAAAAAUAUCGGCAGUUUGUUUUUCAGUGGGACAUUACUUUAUUAUUUCUUUUUGGGUUAUCAAUUCUUAAAUCUUGCGAAAUUGAAUAUUUAUGUUCUUGGAUCAUCCAUGAAAGAUUGGGUUUUUGGAGUGCAAUUAUAUACUUGUUAUCAUAAAAUAUCAUUGUGAGAGAAUUUUGCUUUUGACAUAUCGUUUCAAGCAUUCUUGUUAUUCAUAUUGACACAGCUUGUUACAACUAUAUAUUCUGCUUUAGUAGUUGAGAAUGCAAUUGUG